CUCUACAUUUCACACUUUUCCUCCCCUCUCCUAGGUUCCCGACAGAGAAAAAAUGUUUCUCCGGAGAAUGGUACGGCCAUUGAUGAUGGCGGCGAAGGUGAAGGAGACAACGGGGAUCGUCGGGCUAGAGGUGGUGCCAAAUGCGAGGGAGGUGCUUAUAAAUCUUUACAGGAAAACUCUAGAUGAGAUCAAGGCUGUUCCUGAGGAUGAGGGCUACCGGAAAGCCGUGGAGAGUUUCACACGCCAUCGUCUUAGUGUCUGUCUUGAGGAAGAGGACUGGGAAUCAAUCGAGAAGCGACUCGGUUGUGGUCAGGUUGAAGAGCUUGUUGAGGAGGCCAGAGAUGAACUCAAGCUCAUUGGUUACAUGAACGAGUGGAAACCAUGGGGUCUCCCGGAUGAUUAUGAAUGUGAGGUUGUUGAAAAUGAUGCUCCAGUACCCAAACAUCUCCCACUGCACCGCCCCGGUCCUCUUCCUGAGGAGUUCUAUAAAACGUUGGAGGCUGUUAAAACACUUGAGCUGGACGCUGAAAAGGGUGACCCUGCUGCAAUCACGACUGCUGAAACACAAGAAUCCAAGUAGUUUUUUUUUUGUUUCGCAACUGUCUGUAUUAAUUUUUAUUGAGAAAUGUCAAAAUUUCACUGCCAUAUAUUGACGCUUGUGCUCCAUGCAUGUGCAACUGAGAAGAUGUUCUUUUAACCUUGUAUUCACACUUCAUGAGUGAUCCCUUUCGUUUUAAUUUGCAAGGUCAAAUACAGUAUCAGAUUGUUAUUCUUAUAAUAAUAUAACCAGUGUAAACCUGGCAUGGUAUGACGGGAUACGAAUGUUGCAUUUGUUCAAUCCUAGGUCAUUGUUUUGUGUGUACAUAAAAUUUGGAUCAAGUAAUAAUGGAUCUAUGGCUUUGAGAAAUGAGAAUGAUUAUGGUGUGUUUGAUUUG